AUGAGUGAUUCUGAAGAUGACGAGGUAUUUGAGAGUUUGAUGGCCACAAGAGCCAGACGGGCAAAUGCUGGCUCAAGGCUAAAGCAACUUAUUGAAUUAGAAGGAGAGACAAAUGAAGUCGAAAACUCCACCAGUCAAUUUAUCACCGAAGAUGAUGAGAAUGUCAAUUUACUAUUUCAAGACGAUGAGGAUGACCAAGAGUUUGUUGACGAAGAACAGAGCGAUGAUGGCUCCUUACCCGAGGAAGAAGAUGUGGAGGAAGGGGCUAUAACUGGAGAGACGACGCGGCAUCCUGGUGAUGAACAAGACGAACAAAGUGAAGAGGCACAAGAAGUGAAUUCGGAUGAGGUGUUAUCUGAUUCAGACUUAUCUGCAUCAGAAUCCGAUGAAAGUGAAGGAGAAAAGGAAUUACAAAAGCAAGAGAGAAUACGAAAGAGGAGGAAAAAGACCGUCAUUCCUCAAAUCAAGAAGAUCAAGGAGAAGCCGAGUGUAAAGCGAGUUAAGAAAUCACCUUUGAUUACCUCCGAUUCAUUGUUGAUGUCAAGUAGAAGAGCCUCUUCCCGAUCUUCAGCUGUUGAAAGUAAGCAAGCAUUGAUUGAUCGGUUAAAGGAAAGUGAGGAAAGAAGAGCCAAGUACGUUCCAGUCGAACGAAAGCACGUCAGGGAAUUAACACAAGCUGAAAGGUUGGCACAGGCAGCUGAAACUGAAAAAGAGAACAUAGAAUCUUUGAACAAGUUUAAAGAACAGGAAAUUGUAAAGAAGGAACGUCAAAGACAAUCGCUUUUAUCAAAGAGGGUUAAACUACAGAACAUUCUACGAUGGUUGAGCAGAGGAACAUUCAUUAGCCCUAAUGAAGAAGUGGCUGAAGCAAGGCGACAAUUUGAACUCUACAUGAAGAAGAGGAAAAGAUUGGGAAAGAGAAAGAAAGGAGGGGAGGAGGAAGUGACAGUGAUCAGAGCGCCAUUCUCGAUUGAUUACGACUCACCGUACCAAAAAGCAUUGAUGGAAGAGAAAAAGAAAGUACAACAAAAAGAGAAGGACCGUCUUGACAAUAUGAAUUGUGUAUUGAUGGAGAAGGUUAUCAAGCAUGAGAGUGAGGCUGAUACUCUGACAAAAGCGGAGAUAGAGAUAGCUGACCCCCAAAAAGAGCCUGUUGAAAGGGACGACUUGAAUACAGGUGAGGAUCAAGAGAAGAUGGAAAUUGAAACGAAUGUAGUGGAGGAGAUAAAUGACGAGGCAAAGACUAAGAUUGAGGGGGAGACAGAAGAGGCAAAAGCUGAUUGUAAAGCCGAAAACGAAUCAAUUUCACAAAACAAAACCUUUAAGGAAUCAGAGGUGAUUGAAAUCUUAGAGGAGGCAGGGGAAGAGAGAUUUAACAUAAAGAAAGAUGAAAAAUCCGAUGCGGAGAAGGAGGAGGGUUUGGAGGCGGAGGAAGAGGCUUACAAGGAAACAAAGACAGAAGAUGACUUUGAGACAAAAGCUGACGACACGGAAAGUAAUAAAGAAAAGUAUACUAAUCCCACAAAGGAAACCGAAGAGACGCAUGCUCUUUCUUCAGCUAUUCCAAAAGCAGCUGAAAAUAUUAUCAAUGAAGAGCUAUCAAGUACCACAGACAAGAAUUCACCAAAGCGGGUAAAGUUUGCGGAUGAGCUCAAUGACGGGGAAAGCAAGCCUUUUUCUGAAAAAGAAGAAUCAGGUGAAGCCACCGCAGCUAAUGAAAUGACUGAUGUAAGCUCAAUUGAAGGCACACCACUUCCCGAAAAUCACAUAAAUGACAUAUCCAAUAAUCAAAUGGCUGAAGAAAUUUUUGAAGGGCCACUGCAGAAAGUGAGUCGAAACACUGUGUAUUUUGUUGAUUUCAAUGAAGAUAAACGGGACCUUAAACUAACGCCUAACAAUGUGAAACAGAUACUUUUUGGGGAACAGGCUCUUUGGCCCGCAACAAGAAGGUCUAAUGACGUAAAAACGAUACUUCGUAUUGGUAAACAAGAAAACCCCUAUGCGAGAAAGGACCACAAGGAGGACGACUUAUUCACCCCGAUUGCUGAUCUCAAUGAGGACGAUCCAAUGUUUGAUGAAUUGAAAAAGCUACCUCGUUUGGGAGUUAAACAAGAUAUUGUCGAAGUGGCCGAGAAUGAUGAAGAAAACGAUUCUGCAGAAAUAGUAAUUCAAACUGAGGCGCCUACAGGAUUGUACUUACCCAAUGGUAAUAAAAAGGUAUGUAUGGUUUCGGGUACAGAAGUUAAGUACUUUGAUCCUUCAACUGGCAUGCCAUACAGUUCGGUGGAAGUUUAUAGAACUUUGAAGUUAAUAGAGCUGGGUCAAGCAGAAUGGUUGGGAUUGGAUGCAACAGACAAUGGCCCCGUGGAUUUGUAUUUAGGAUUCAAGGGGGAGAAUGCUAGACAUGCAAAAGGUGUUCCGGAAGGGUUUUGA